AUGCAGAGCCAUAUUACAGCGAAACUAGCUCGCGGACGACACCUUCUUGAUGAAGACGAAGAAAACGACGCUUUGAUGAAGAGGACAAAAGCGAAGCGGAGAAGUUCGAUAGCUCAAGAAUCAGUACGCAAAAUGGCGAGCACCGGAGUGAACACAUCGAGUCGUCGAGUGUCAUCUGCUGGAUCGCCUGGGACUCUCCCAAAAUCAACAUCCACCAGCGAUUUGCAAAAAGUAGGAAAAGCUAGAGCUCUAGCCGACGAAAGAAUGGAGCAAAUCAUCCGGGAGGAGAUCCAGAAGGCUGCAAUGGCGAAACUUGAGUUAUCGAGUAAACCUUCAAAAAAAGCAAACAAAGAGGUGGAGAGCAACACGAACACUUCUGUUGAGCGAUCUUCGGAGGAGAAAGCGAGUGAUAAGGAAGAUGGCACUCCUCAUGAUUAUCUUGACAUCGAUGAGGAGUUUGAGGAGCUACCUGCAAUUAGCGAUACAAGCGAUGAAGAUUAUGAUGAAGAUGAAAACAGACUGAAUAACGCUUCUGUGGAACUACAUAAGGACAAACAAUCCUCUUCGAGUGAGGAAGGAAAAAGACAAAAAGAGAAUGUUGUCUACAUGAAUACUAGAAGCAAACGAAGCCAAAUUGGAGAAAAACCAAAUAAAGCGGAAAAUAAAAGAGCUGGUACGAGGAUUAUUUCGAACAAGACGAAAAGAUCGACGAAUGAUAGUGGAAAAGUUGUUCGCAUGAAGGGGGAAAGGAAGGAAAGAAAGGUGGAGGUGAGUCCUCACACUUUAAUACACGUACAAGGACUCUAUGAUAGUGGAGAUUUGGGCGAUUACGAAGUUUAUGAAGAUGACUGGGAGGAAAUCGGCGCAAAUCGA